ACGCCGAUGCCGGCUUGUCAGUAUUGAAAAAAAUUUCGUGCGGUGAGCGUGUUUGUGAAAGCGAAAAAUUGAAAUUCAUUUUCUGCCCAAAGAAAACUGAGAAGUUAUUGUUUUUAAAGUUUAUUCUGUGAAACAUAAAAAAUCAAGAUGCCCGAAGAAGCUGAAACAUUCGCAUUCCAGGCUGAGAUUGCUCAGCUGAUGUCCUUGAUCAUCAACACAUUCUACUCAAACAAGGAGAUCUUCUUGCGUGAAUUGAUUUCCAACGCAUCCGAUGCGCUCGAUAAGAUCCGCUAUGAAUCCCUGACGGAUCCCAGCAAGCUGGACUCUGGCAAGGAGCUGUACAUCAAGCUGAUCCCCAACAAGACGGCUGGUACUUUGACCAUCAUUGAUACCGGUAUCGGCAUGACCAAGUCCGAUCUGGUCAACAACUUGGGUACCAUUGCCAAGUCUGGUACCAAGGCGUUCAUGGAGGCAUUGCAGGCUGGUGCCGAUAUUUCCAUGAUUGGUCAAUUCGGUGUGGGUUUCUACUCCGCCUACCUGGUUGCCGACAAGGUCACCGUCACCUCCAAGAACAACGAUGACGAGCAGUACAUCUGGGAGUCAUCCGCCGGUGGUUCGUUCACUGUCCGUGCUGACAACUCUGAGCCCUUGGGCCGUGGUACCAAGAUUGUUCUGUUCAUCAAGGAGGAUCAGACCGAUUACUUGGAGGAGAGCAAGAUCAAGGAGAUCGUGAACAAGCACUCGCAGUUCAUUGGCUACCCCAUCAAAUUGUUGGUGGAGAAGGAGCGCGAGAAGGAGGUCAGCGAUGAUGAGGCUGAUGAUGAGAAGAAGGAGGGCGAUGAGAAGAAGGAGAUGGACACUGAUGAGCCCAAGAUCGAGGAUGUUGGUGAGGAUGAGGAUGCCGACAAGAAGGAUAAGGAUGGCAAGAAGAAGAAGACCAUUAAGGAGAAGUACACCGAAGAUGAGGAGCUGAACAAGACCAAGCCCAUCUGGACACGCAAUCCCGAUGAUAUUUCCCAGGAGGAAUACGGAGAGUUCUACAAAUCGUUGACCAACGAUUGGGAAGAACAUUUGGCUGUCAAGCACUUCUCGGUGGAGGGUCAGCUGGAGUUCCGUGCUCUGCUCUUCAUUCCCCGUCGCACACCCUUCGAUCUCUUCGAGAACCAGAAGAAGCGCAACAACAUCAAGCUGUACGUGCGCCGUGUGUUCAUCAUGGACAACUGCGAGGAUCUCAUUCCUGAGUACUUGAACUUCAUGAAGGGUGUGGUCGACUCUGAGGAUCUGCCCCUCAACAUCUCUCGUGAGAUGUUGCAGCAGAACAAGGUGCUGAAGGUUAUUCGCAAGAAUCUAGUCAAGAAGACCAUGGAGCUGAUUGAGGAGCUCACCGAGGACAAGGAGAACUACAAGAAGUUCUACGAGCAGUUCAGCAAGAACUUGAAAUUGGGUGUCCAUGAGGACAGCAACAACCGUGCCAAAUUGGCCGAUUUCUUGCGCUUCCACACAUCUGCUUCUGGCGAUGACUUCUGCUCGUUGGCCGACUACGUGUCCCGCAUGAAGGAGAACCAGAAGCACGUCUACUUCAUCACUGGCGAGUCUAAAGAUCAGGUUAGCAACUCUGCCUUCGUUGAGCGUGUCAAGGCCCGUGGCUUCGAGGUCGUCUACAUGACUGAACCCAUUGAUGAGUACGUCAUCCAGCACCUGAAGGAAUACAAGGGCAAGCAGCUGGUGUCCGUCACCAAGGAGGGUCUUGAAUUGCCUGAGGAUGAGGCCGAGAAGAAGAAGCGUGAGGAGGAUAAGACCAAAUUCGAGAGCUUGUGCAAGCUGAUGAAAUCCAUCUUGGACAACAAGGUCGAGAAGGUCGUCGUGUCCAACCGUCUGGUCGAUUCACCAUGCUGCAUUGUCACCUCGCAGUUCGGUUGGUCCGCCAACAUGGAGCGCAUCAUGAAGGCCCAGGCUCUGCGUGAUACCUCCACCAUGGGCUACAUGGCUGGCAAGAAGCACUUGGAAAUCAACCCCGAUCAUCCAAUUGUGGAGACCCUCCGCCAGAAGGCCGAUGCCGAUAAGAACGACAAGGCCGUUAAGGAUCUCGUUAUCCUUCUGUUCGAGACCUCUCUGUUGUCCUCUGGCUUCUCCUUGGACAGCCCUCAAGUGCAUGCUAGCCGCAUCUAUCGCAUGAUCAAGCUGGGUCUUGGCAUCGAUGAGGAUGAGCCUAUGACCACCGAGGAUGCCCAGAGCGCCGGUGAUGCUCCAUCCCUUGUUGAGGACACCGAGGAUGCAUCCCACAUGGAGGAGGUCGAUUAAACAAACCAUAAGAUUGGCCGGAAAGAUACAUUAUCUCACCAUCAAGAACAUCCCCACCACCCCAUCCACAAAAUUACAUCCGAAAUUAUUUGAAGUUGAUCACAUUUCUCAUUUCCUUAGUUGGAACCGCUUUAUGUGGUUACUCUUGACAAACAGUUCAUUUAAUAUUCGGUUUAUACAUACAUUGUAAUUUGUAUUUACGUUUUGUCGCGUUCUAGGCGGCAUAAAUACGCUUACUCAUUUACAUAAAAACAAACAUUUACAUAAACAAAUACAAGCAACAUAUGUAAUGUUAGGAUCCAAUAAUCAUUCACUAAGAGAGAGCAGUUGUCGUUUAUAAGAAAUUUCUAAUUUAGCAUCCAAGUAAUUUAUGUAAUGAAAAACAAAAAUACAAAGACUACAUACACAUUAGAUAUAAAAAAAAUGGAAUAUGUAAUAAGGUUGGAUGAUCGAUGAUAAAAAAAACUACAAAUUAAACAAGCAAAUUAUGUUUGAAUCAAAA